AUGACAAUUGAACAAUACUUUCAUAAGGUGAAGAUGUUAUGUCGAGAGAUUUCAGAGUUAGAUCCACAAGCUCCAAUUGGAGAUACAAGGAUAAAGUGGAUUAUCAUCCAUGGUAUAAAGCCUAAAUAUAAAGGCUUUAUUAUUGCUGUACAAGGAUGGCAAAAUCAGCCAUCACUUGUGAAAUUUGAGAAUUUACUAGUAGGUCAGGAAGUCUUGGCUAAGCAAAUGGGAGGAGCUUCACUGAAGGUUCAAGAUGAAGAACUCUAUGUCAAUAUAAGAAGCUGGAAAUUCAAGAAGAAUGGUGCCAGUGGACCUAAGAAGAACAACAAUGAGGUGGAAGGUCGUCAAGGUAAAGGGAGCACUCGUGGAGGCAGUGGUUGGAAUAAUCAAAGUCAUAGCAAAAAGUUUGAAGAAAAAUGCUACAAUUGUGAGAAGAUGGGGCAUAUGGCUAGAGAUUGCAGGUCAAAGAAAAAAAUUGUGGAAAAUAAGUUGCAAAAUUUAUCCAUAUAUAAAAGGAAUCGUGAGGUGGUGACAAUCGAUGACACAAAAUUACCGAUAUCUCACAUUGGUAAGGCUGUAGUGUCUCUACAGAAUUGUAUUGAUCUAAUGUCUCUUCAAAAUGUUUAUCAUGUUCCAUGUAUGAAGAAAAAUCUUCUUUCAGUGCUGCAACUAACAUCUUCAGGUUUUUUUGUUCUCUUUGGUCUGAAUGAUGUAAGGUUAUAUCAACACCUGGAGAUUAAAGAAGAUCCAAUGAUGAAGGGACCAAGAUUGAAUUUCAUCUGUGUAAUAUCGGCAGAAAUAUCAUAUGUAGACAAGGUAAGAAAAAAUGACACUGCAGACUUAUGGAACGUGCGAUUGAGUCACGUUAACUACUCAAAGCUUAGUGUCAUGAUGGAAAAGUCAAUGUUGAAGGGUCUCCCUAAAGUUCCAGUAAGGACAGAUGUAAUAUGUGUAGGCUACCAGUAUGGUAAAGCACAUCAAUUUCCAUAUGAGGAGUCAAACUACAAAGCCAAGGAACCAUUAAAAUUAAUUCACUCUGAUGUAUUCAGACCGGUCAAGCAAGCAUCUGUUAGUUGA